AUGAACCCUUACGCGCCGCAUGCGUCCUCGUCAAAGACAUCAGACGCUCCCAUCACCCGCUCUCGCACACUCUUCUACCUCUCCGUUCGCGACAGCAGUAGCUUUGGAUCAUCGCGGGCGCCGCGCCUCGCAGCUGCACAAUAUGGCGACACGAUCGACGUGGAGGAUGAUGAGCGGGGAGGCCUCCUCGGAUCACAAGCGAUAGACAUGAAGGGACUACCUCCGAAGUGGGUCGAUAAGAGCGACGAGGUCGAGGACAUCCUUGAGCGCAUCAAGAUCAAAUCCGCGGCGCUCGACAAGUUGCACGCUAAGCAUGUUCUGCCAGCGUUCACGGACCGAAGCGCGGAGGAGCGCGAGAUCGAGCGGCAGACGAGCGACAUCACGCGGGACUUUCGCCGUGCGUCCAACCUCGUCACAUCAAUCGCAACGGGCAAGGGCGCGACGCGGGCCGAAAAGCUCACGGCCAAGAAUGUGCAGCGUGGGCUGGCACAGAAGAUCCAGGAGUCGAGCGGGCAUUUCCGUGUCAAGCAGCGCGUGUACAUGCAGAAACUGCAAGGACACUCGAUCAAGAACAAGGACUUGCUCGCUGCGAGCGGCGCGAUCACGCUGCGCGGCACAGACUCGUACGACGCGCUGGCCGAAGACGAGGAGGUUUCACGUACACAGCUGCAGUCGCACGUCCAAUCUGGAGUCGCUCUUGACAUCGAACAGCGCACGCACGAGAUCACGCAGAUUGCAUCGAGCAUCAGCGAGCUCGCCGACCUGUUCCGCGACCUUGGAAAUCUCGUCGUCGAGCAAGGCACCGUCCUUGACUCGGUCGAGUACAAUGUCCAGCAAACGGCAAAGCAGAUGGACGACGCGGUGCAGGAGCUGCAAAUUGCGCGGCAGUACCAGAGCAACACGGGCAAGCGGAAGUGUAUCCUCUUGCUCAUCCUGCUGAUCAUCGGCAUGAUCAUCAUCCUGAUAUACAAGCCGCGCCGGGGCUCGUCCCCACCACCGCAAUCCGGGCAAUCCGGGGUCGUGGGUGCACCGCCUCUUCCACCACCGACCGAGAGUUUGAACGGUUUGAACGGCUGGGAACGACCACACAUGUAUCCCACGGCGUUCUAG